CAGACUUACUGCGAGCUGGAGACCGUCUUGUGGGGAGAUGACAGCUGCCUGCAGUGCGGUGUCGUCAACCGGCUGCUAGCAGAGGUGUCCUGGGACCUGACAGCUGACCAGGUGAGAUGGUGCUCUUGGAAGGCGAGGGGAGCAGCCUGCCAGGCAUUGGAGGGCAAUGCGGAGCACACAGGCAGGUUUUGCUGGCCUUGGGGCCCCACAGAGGCUCUUGAGCCAACCUGAGCCUCUGUUUCAGGGCGUGACGGAAGACACGAAGGUGGCUGCCAGUGACGUCCUGGUGGCUCUGGCCCGCUCCCACUUCAGCUUCGUGCUAGCCGAGCUCCUGGCCCAGCUGAAUGCCCCAGGGCAGAUCUCCAAGGAGUUCGUGCUCAUCACUGUGGGCAAACUCCUCAGCACCAACGCCCUGCAGUGCAUCCCCUUCAUGCGCGUGGUGCUGUUGGGGCUGCGCACCGUGGUGGGCCAGUUAGGGAGCGGCCGGAUCCUGCGUGCUGCCUGCGGUGCUCUGGAGCAGUGGGCCAAAGUGGUCAACGUUUACAUCUGCACCUGGAAAGGAUGCUCCUUGCCUGCUACGGAGAAGGAGCAGCUCUACGAAAACCUUGCCCAGGUGUUCUGCUCUGUGCCAAGCACCUUGCUGGACUGCCAGGAGGAAGAGGACAAGCAAGCCGUCAUCGGGGCCGUGACUCCCUUGAUGCGUGUCCUCCUGCACAAGGAGGAGCACCGGGAGCAUGUCUGGGAGCAGCUCCUCUGGCUCCUGCACCAGUACCGGACGGUGCAAGACGCCUCCAGGGUGACCAAGAGCCUCCUUUCUUUCCUGGAGGCCCUGGAGCAAGUUCAGAUCCCCGUCCCCAAGGGCAAGUGUCUUGCCAUUAACAGCGUCGUGUACAGCGAGCUGGUAGCGCUGUUUCUUUUCGGGCCCUCUCAAUGCUGCUGGGACUUUCUCCACCAUGUUCCCACCUUGUUCCCACAGCUCACUGCCGACACCAAAGAGCACAGCCAGGACCAGAAGGCAGAGCUGAGCCAGUGCAUCCUGCUGCAAGCUCGCAUCUGCCCAGAGGAGACGAUCCUGUUCCUGGAGUCCCAGCUGGGCCACGAGAGGGAGGCCGUGCGCAUGGCAGCCCUGGGUCUGCUCGGUGCUCUGGCACGCUGUGACGAGCCCGCGAUGGCAGAGAAGCUGCCCCAGGUGGUGGAGGCUGUCAAGCGUGUGUGCAGGGACCCCAGCAUGCGGGUGAGGAGGGCAGUUCUGCACUUCAUCAGGGAGCUGCUCAGUGCCAAUGCCCAGAGCUGCUCAGCGUGGGACGUUGUGGGCUACAUCUUCAGCGAGUUCAGCCGGAGCUCGAGCAGAAGGGCUGCGGGACUCCUGUCUGCCCAGGAAGCCCAGGAAGAAGGAGCUCUCCAAGGGCUGUGCAUGGACGUCCUGGGGUCACUGGACAUCUCUGUGAGAGGGAUGGCCAAACUCCUGUGGCCGAGGCUGCUGAUCUAUGUGAUGCCAGCCAAGUACACGGGCAUGCUGAUCCCCCUCUCGCGCUGUCUCCGCGCCCUGGCUGAGAGCAAUGAGCUGACAGCAGGGCACGAGCAUCACGAACUGGAUCCCGAUGUCCUCAACGCCCUGUUGCAAGACACGACGCUGACUCCGCACAACUUGCUGGCUCGCCUGCUGGUGGUGGCGGGGUCUCCUUUUGCGGGCAGUGACCUCCAAGCUGCUGCCUUGCUGGUGCUGCAGAGCCUCCACAGCAGGAUCCACGGAGCUGUGGGGGCCACGUGGAACAGCGAGAUUCCCCUGCUGCUGCAGUACCUCCAAGGAGGAAAGGGGAACAUCCCAGACGCUGCCGAGUGGGAGCGCCGUCUGCUUCAGUUCCUGAGGGCAUCCCUGGAAACCAUCGGGGACGACGCCUGGAUCAAGCGCCUGAGCUGUGCGCUGAGCCAGCGGCUGGACAGCUCUCCCAGCAGCUCUGGGGAGAAGGCUUUCCUGUACAAGGCUCUUGGGACGACGCUGGCAGCUUGUCAGGAACUCCCACACGUCCAAGAGAACCUGCUGCACCAUCUGACGAGAGCACAACCUGAGGAGCCAUCUGAGGCCCAGGGAAUCAUUUCUCUCGUCUGCCAAGCCGCCGACAGCCACUUCCGCCUGGCCUUGGAGACACUGACAACAUUUGCUGCCACCUCGAGCAGUGUCCGGGGCCUUAGGGUUUCCAGAGGCAGGAAGGUGAGGUGUUUGGGGUUUCCCUCCCUGGCUGUCUUCCACCUGCUCUUCAUCGUGGGCUGUGGGGGGCCAUGGGGCGGACGUCUCACAGCAUCUCUUGCAACGCAGACGCCCCAGGCCAGCAGGAGAGCUGAGGCCACUUGCAGGGCUGUCAUGCUCGCCCACAGCAGCAUGGCACUGCGUGCCUCCAAGGAACAACUGCUCGCCCACGUGGAGGCAGACAUCGCGGGCAACAUCCUGCUGCUCUCCAUCUCCAGCAGCCAGAACUUGCAGACCAAUCUUGCCCUGGCGCAGAGCAUCCUUGAGGUCGGCUGUGCCAUCCACGCUGCGGGGAACUUGGGCAGCUUCCAUCCUGUCCUGAAGCACGAGCUGCUGCUGAUCCUGCAGGAGGCAGGAAGGUCUCCCUCAGCCGCGUGGGAGCUCCUGGAGCCGUGUCCCCAGCUGGUGGGGGGGGCCCUUGGGUGCUGGCAGGCAGUGGCCAUGGCUGGGCAGCCGCUGGGGAGCUGCUCCAUCCUGCAGCGCCCCUGUGGGAGCUGCGGGAGCACUGCAGCCAGUGUCUGGCAGGAGUGCCCGUCCCCAGGCAGGUUGCGAGAGCUCUCCUGUGCCCAAUGCCCACUUGGCAACUUUCUCUUGCAGAACUUGAUGAAGACGACUCUCUGGGGCUUCCCGGCAGCGUCCCUGCACCUGAAGGUGAUUCUGGCCCUGGAGCAGUGGAGCAAGCUGGAGAUCUCGUUCAGCAGCAAGGAAAUUUGCAGCCUGCUGUCUGACUGCUGCCGGGCCAUCCUGCCACUUCCUUCAGCGGCUGAGCAGACUGGGGAGAUCAGGAAUGCAGAGCAGGCAGUGCUGCAGCUCCAGUCUCUGCACAUGGCCACGAAGGCUCUGGGCCGGCUCAUGGCAGUCCUGCUCAAGGCAAAGCCAAGCCCUGUCGACUUGGUAGACAUCGCCGAGGUGCUGUGGUUCUGGCUCUCCUCGGACGAUCCGUGGGUGUGCAAGAAAGCCCUGCAGGUCUGCGCCCAGCUGCUGGAGGACUGCAGAGAUGGAGUGGCUUUUCAGACAAGAGGUGCCUACCUGCCGUUUGGCACCUUGGCGGGAUUGCUGGGGCCUCUGACCUGUGAGCCCACGAGCAGCUCCCGCCAGCUGGCCGCUGCCUGCCUCAGCUCCCUUCUCCACAUCCAAGCCAAGGCCACGAACAGGCUGUUGGAGACAGACGACCCUGCGAGCUUGUGUGAGGGGCUGAGUGCUCGCAGCGACGCCUCUCAGCAGCUCCAGACCUCCAUCCGCAUCGCAGAGGUCGUUUGCAAAAACGUCCCCAAAGAACAGGCCACAGACUUCAUGAAUGCCAUCCUGGGGCCCUUCCGGCAUUCCAGAGGAAGGCGUGUGUGUGCUGCAGGCAACUGGAUGCUCACCUUUCUGGAAGCGUGUGGCAAGGACAUUGGUCCAGACGUGCGAGGAAUCGUCUCCGCCCUGCACACCUGCACAGAGUCCAUGCUGGAGCCCUCGUUCGUGUACUUUGUGCAGCAAGCGGUGCUGAUCCUGGCCCGCCAUCACCGGGAGCUCACGAUAAACGUCAUCCUUGAGAAGUUUGUGCCUCUGGACAGAAACACACUGGAGCUGUGGAGGACUCUGGGGAGAGCCAGCAUUGGCCUCGGUGUGCUGAAGCACUUAGCGAGGAAGCUGAACAGAGUGGGAGACGACAGCUGCCAGCCCAGCUCGCCCACUCGCAGGCUGCACGCCCACCAGCCUUCUCCGGAGUCCUUGACUGUCACCCGUGCCAUCUCCGUAAUGGUGUCCGUGCAGUACAAGGAGGGGGUCCAGUGCUUGCUUCCCUCCCUCCUCCCUGGGCUCCUGCUGCAGCUCAGCAAGGCACUGGGGGAAGAGAUGCUGUCUGCGCCCCUCAGCCCCUGGAGAGGGCACGCUGAGGAUCAGCGGCAAGAGGGCAACGUGUGCAGGCCUUUCUGCAAAACUCUCAUGGCAGUGCUGAGCAAAUGCACUGAGAAGAGCUGGCUGAGGCCGUUCUGGAGGCAGAAAAUGUCGGCGCUGCUGGAGAGCCCCCGCACUUAUGCCGAGGGCAUGUGCCUCCUGACGAGUGUCCUGCUCCGUGCCCAGCUCAUCUCCCGGGAGCUGAUUGAGAUCUUCUCCCAGUGGUUGCGCUACCCAUCAGCAAACCUGCAGCUGACGGCCAUGGCUUUCUUUGCUGAGCUGAUGAAGGAGCCGCCUCUUGAGAAGAGGAACGUCCUGAAGAUUCUGCGUGUCUUGGCUGAGAAAGCACAGCACCGAAGCAGCACCAUAAGGCAGCUGGCAGCGAGAGCUCUGGGCAACGCAGCCGGCAGCAUGCCCGUGGAGGUGCGGAAGCACGGGAGACAAGUUGUCCAGGUGCUGCAACAGAGCCUGGCGGACACUGCCUGUCCCGAGGUGGUUGCAGAAAGCAUGCUGGCGCUAGCUGAGCUCGUGAGGGUGCUGCAGGCAGUGAACUUGGGAUCGGCCUUUGAAGACAUCGCCAGGGCCACCAAGAUGUUCUUCGAGUCUGAAGAAGAGUACCUUCGCUACUCGGCCUUGCGCCUCUAUUCAGUCCUGGCCUCCUCAGCCUCGAGCAAGCGGUCGUUCUUUGCCGGAGAAGUGGCGGAAACAUGGGUCAGCCUUUUCCUGCACCUCCGGGAUCCCGACGUUGCAGUUGCCAGCAUGUGCAAGAUCACCUUCAGUCUCUGUGCUCCAUUUAUGGGGCUGAGGCGGCCACAGGACAUCAUCUCUCUCUGCGAGAGGCUGGGUGCACAAGAGCUGCAGGAUGCGCUCUGCACUUACCUGGCCAGAAACGCCCCCCCCAUGUUGGAGAGGCUCCAUACCGUAGCCAGGAGAGGCUUCCUAGAGAACGGGCAGAGGCUGCACCCAUCGACCUUCGAAAUCCUUGCUUUCCAGGGCCCGAGCAGCACUGAGGACACCCGAGCGUGGAGAAGGCAGACAAGGCCCUAGGUGACCGUGGCACCCUUUGGCAAUAAAACUCUGUACAUGUACGUGGUCUCAGCGCUCGCUGUGUCCUUGGGGAAAUCCAACUCCACGUGGCCUCCCCUCUGCGGACAAAAGGUCUUUUUCGUAGGGCCCGGGGAGCAAACGACGCCCCUCCAAAUUUGUUUCCUCCCUUAAAAAGAAACUUAACUUCCUUAACUUCCCUGAAAAAGAAACUGCUUGCCACUCCUCUUCCCAACGUGUCCAAUUCAUGAGAAGCGCAGAGAACGUAUACUACUCUAACCUGGAUCUUAACUUUUUCCCCCAGGUUUCACUAAAGAGCCCUUUGCACCCUUUGCACAUUCCAGGAACUCAUCUUGGGCAUCUUUGGAAAACUGCUCUCCAAAGCAGUUCUCAACAUGCGCUUCUGGGAUGGUUUUACUCGGGUGGGCAGCUGAGCUCCACCACAACCACUCUCUCACUCCCCCUCCUCAAAGAGGAACAGGGAGAAAAGAGGAUGCAAAGGGCUUGAGGGUUGAGAUAAGGACGGGGAGAUUGCUCAACAAUGAUCGUGACAGGCCAGAGUAGGGAGACAGUCACAUUUAUUGCCUUUUCCUAACAAGCUAGAGAAGCGAGAAACAAAGGAAAGAAACCCAAAAGGCCAUCCACCCUCUUCCACCUCCUCCCCCCAGGCGGCGCAGGGGAAUGGGGGCUGUGGUCAGUCUAUGGCACUUCACUGCUCCUUCUUGGUCACUCUUGUCCUCUGUGCUGUGGAGUCGCUCCCAUGGGAUGCCAUCCUUCCCAAACUGAUCCUGCGGGUGCCUUGGUUGUAAGCAUCUUGGUGCUCUGAACAAGAGAACUAGGUGGGGAAACAAGAUUUUAUACAUACCUAUGAGUAGGCAAAAUUGCAUUAAAAAAUCUCUCCAUCAUCAAUUUCAGCUCAUAACAAAACCGCAGAAAAUAUACACAGGAGACUCCAAACUUCAUCUUUACCGCACAGGUCAAAAAUGGGGCAACAAUGCUAAAAUCAGAAGAAUAGCUUCCUAGGAUCUGACCAAAGGUUCAUCUGCUCCGCUGUUCUGUACCCAACAGCAGCAAAAAGCAGUUGUCUAGAGAACAGAAUAAAAAUAGGACAAGCACAUAAUACCUCCCCUAGGUACCUUCCUGCUAUUCAAGCCAUUUGCAGCUCAGGACUCUUUGAGCCACCCAUGGUAUUUUAUGUGACAUACUUCUCAUUGGACUUCUAUUCCAAGAAUUAUUCCAAACUCUGCUUAAACCCAUGGAAACUUUUAGCAUACACCAGCAUCUACAGCAAAGAUUCUUCAUAUUGUCUGAAGAGCAAUUUAUUUGCUUCGAGCCUCUUCUGUCUGAUGUAAGUUCCUCACAUUCCUUUCUAUCGCAAUAGACAAUUUAGUCUGUUAGGUUAUUAGUCUCUAAACACUAUGCCUAUGCCUGUGGUGAUUUUGGAGACCUUGCAUCUCCAGUAAGACUUAAUUUUUCCAGGAUAGAAAGUCCUAUUAUAUACAUGUGCUCGUUUUAUUGUUUCCCUCCCAUAUUGUAUACUUUUGGAGAUGUGGGGAAUCAGAAACAUAGUUUUAAUGAUGUUGGGAAACUAU